UCUAACUGCGCCAUUUUACACCCGUGUUUAAGAAUCUUUAACUCAACAGAAAUAAUGAGUAUCCGAGUAUCCAGUGGUUUCUGUAUGCUAUGUAGGAAUUCACGUGAUGUUGUUGAGGAAACUCAGGACGUCUAGUAACUUACAUUUCGAGUAAGUGUCAAAGUGAGGAGGCAAGAAAAGUUAUCGACUUCUUCAAUAAACGCACCUGUGCAGCUUCAUGAAGACUGAAUGAAUCAUGGAGGACACGCGAGCAUUCAGAGAUGGAGAUGUUUCUCCAGGAUGCAGUCAAUUUCAGGAGGACAGAUCAAACUCAUCAGAGCCCAGCUGUGUGUCCAUGAAGAGUAACCGGUCUAUGCAAGAACCGUUAAGAUUUGAUGGAAGACACACAUCACCUGAUCUGAGCCAAAGUGACAGAUCAAUCUCAUCAAAGCUCAGCUGUGUGUCCAUGAAGAGUAACCAGUCUAUGAAUCCACCAGUAACAUUUGAGGGAAGACACACAUCACCUGAUCUGAGUGAGCAGCUAACGGACACUCCAGGAAUAUUUAAGGGAAAACGCAUGCCAUCUAAUCUGAGUCGUGACUCUCAACUGGUCCAAAGCAGAUUCAAAUCAAAACUGCUGAGUAAGUUUGGGCAUCUGUAUGAAGGAACAGCGACGCAGGGAAACCCAACUCUCCUGAAUGAUAUAUACACAGAGCUCUACAUCACAGAGAGUGAGAGUGGAGAGAUCAAUAAUGAGCAUGAGGUGAGACAGAUUGAGACACAAUCCAGGAGAGCAGCCACAGAGGACACAGCCAUCAAAUGCAAUGACAUCUUUAGACCUUUACCUGGACAAGAUAAAGUCAUCAGAACUGUGCUGACAAAGGGAGUCGCUGGCAUUGGAAAAACAGUCUCUGUGCAGAAGUUGAUCCUGGACUGGGCUGAAGGGAAAGAGAAUCUGGACGUCCAGCUCAUAUUUCCACUUCCUUUCAGAGAAAUCAACCUGAUGAAGGACAAAACACUCAGUCUUUCAGAUCUACUUCAUGUCUUUUUCCCUGAAACUAAAGAAAUGGAAAUAUCCAGUGAUGAAUAUAAAGUGCUGUUCAUCUUUGAUGGUCUGGAUGAGUGUCGUCUGUCUCUGGACUUUAAGAGUAAAGUGAAACUGUGUAAUAUAUCUAAAGCAGCCUCAGUGGAUGUGCUGCUGAUGAACCUCAUUGUGGGGAAUCUGCUUCCCUCUGCUCUCAUCUGGAUCACCUCCAGACCAGCAGCAAACUACAUAAAUGUGUUCAACCAAACCAAACAAAGUGUGUUCUCUAAGAUUUUAAACCAGAAGAAAUAUGUUUCAUUAUCUGAGCUGCAUAAGAGAGCUGUGGAUGAAUCUUUACGAAGUAAAAAUGGACAUUUGGACCUUUUCCUUCGUUUUCUUCUGGGUCUUUCAUUGGAGUCCAAUCAGACUCUCUUACGAGAACUAGUGACACAGACAGGAAGCUGCUCCUACAACAAAGAGGAAACAGUUGAGUUCAUCAAACAGAAGAUCAGGGAGAAUCACUCUUCAGAGAGAUCCAUCAAUCUCUUCCACUGUCUGAAUGAACUGGGUGAUGAUUCACUGAUGCAGGAGAUCCAGGAUUAUCUGAGAUCUGGACAAAUAGGAGAAACCAAACUCUCCUCUUCACAGUGGUCAGCUCUGGUUUAUGUGCUGCUGACAUCAGAGCAGGAGAUGGUUGAGUUUAAUCUGAAACAGUUUGUUGGAGCCCAAAAUACAGCAGAUGAAGUUCUUCAGAAGCUGCUGCCAGUGAUUAAAGAAUCCAGAUCAGUUCAGUUGAGGGAUUGUGGAGUCACAGAUGAAGGUUGUGCUGCUCUGGCUUCAGCUCUGAGAUCAAACCCCUCACACCUGAGAGAACUAGAUCUGACUGGAAAUAAACUAGGAGCGUCAGGAGUGAAGCGGCUCUCUGAUGGACUGAAGGAUCCUCGCUGUAAACUGGAGAAACUCUGGUUGAGGGAUUGUGGAGUCACAGAUGAAGGUUGUGCUGCUCUGGCUUCAGCUCUGAGAUCAAACCCCUCACACCUGAGAGAUCUGAGUCUGUCUGGAAAUAAACUAGGAGCGUCAGGAGUGAAGCGGCUCUCUGAUCUACUGAAGGAUCCUCGCUGUAAACUGAAGAAACUCUGGUUGAGGGAUUGUGGAGUCACAGAGGAAGGUUGUGCUGCUCUGGCUUCAGCUCUGAGAUCAAACCCCUCACACCUGAGAGAUCUGAGUCUGUCUAGAAAUAAACUAAGAGCGUCAGGAGUGAAGCGGCUCUCUGAUCUACUGAAGGAUCCUCGCUGUAAACUGGAGAAACUCUGGUUGAGUAAGUGUGGAGUCACAGAUGAAGGUUGUGCUGCUCUGGCUUCAGCUCUGAGAUCAAACCCCUCACACCUGAGAGACCUGAGUCUGUCUGGAAAUAAAUUAGGAGCGUCAGGAGUGAAGCUGCUCUCUGAUCUGAAGGAUGAUCCACAUUAUAAACUGAAGACACUUGAGUGA